GAUACAUUCACCACUUUUUGUUGACCACUUUGCGAUACGAGCCAUCGAGCUUUAUCAAUUUCCAUCAUGUCUUUACCACCUCAAGAUCCUACGAGAAAUUCGUAUCAACAACCAAAUACACAACGUCACAUAUUCCCGGUUCAACAAAAUCUUGGUCAACAGAACAUUGCUUACCCAAGACCAACUUCAACUGGCAUUCGUGGUCCACCAAUUCAACAGCACAAUUCUCCAUACUCUACACCAUACGCCAAUAAGCAACCAGUUCCGUCGAGGCAAAAUGGCAACAAUGGAGUAUCUGCAGAACAGCAAAUUGCGCAAGGUAUUUUGAGUAAUACUACUAACGGUCAAACUCCUCAGCGACAGCCUCAGAGACAAAAUGGCCCACCUCCCAUGGGUGCAGCAAUUCACAUGGCGCCUCAGCAUACCCCGCAAAACCAAUCCAUGACUGUCACUCAUGCCGUUCACCCAACUCAUCCAACUCCACCAUCUGCCAUGAAUCAAACUCGAGAUUUCGCAACACAGCAACGGCAAUCACAAUCCCCCGCGAUGCAAGGACAGAGUCUUGGUGUUCAACGACCCCCCUCCAUGAACCCCUCCCCCGCCAACUCAAACCUCGGAUCUACGAGACCGCAAGAUUCACCGGUAAGCUCCACUCAAGAUAUGUCCAUGAUUGAUCCUCAGCUUGCGCUCGAUCAACAAUUGGACCCUAGCGGUUCUCUCCUCUCUCCGGCAGAUGAACACGAUCAAACCGAAGCUCCGGAAGUGACUCUUGGUGAAAUGUUAUCUGCCCCACCAGGAGGUAGUUAUCCAACUUUCGAGGCCCUUUUUUCAGCUGCGCAGGCACAUGCUUUGACACAUGGCUAUGCAUUCGUCAUUGGCAGAUCUAAACGCGACAAUAGAGGUCUAAAGAAAGUUUUCUUGAUUUGUGAUCGCGGCGGAACGAAUAAGGAGAAGGUGCCUGGUGAACAGCGACAACGGAAGACUAAAUCGCGUAAAUGUGGUUGCGAAUUUGGAGUUUUCGGUCUCGAAAAUAAAACUUCUUGGCUUCUACGAGGUCGAAUUGAUGGAGAGCAUUUAACACACAAUCAUCCUCCGAGCGAAAGUCCUACCGAGCACCCGGGAGCUAGAAAAUUAGAUCCUAAAGCAAUUGCUGCUGUAAAGGCACUGGAAGAAAACGGUGUUUCCGUAAAAGAAACCCUUGAAAUUCUCCAUCGUGACAAUCCUACUAUUCGCUUCCUUCCUCGUGACAUCUACAACGCCCGAGCCGCCAUUAAACGCGAUCCUUCUCGUGUCGAACCCACGGCCAUGGAGUCUCUUCCCACGUUUUACAAAAAGCCCCCCAUGUCAUUUGAAGAGAAACUCCGCGCCGAGCUUCGAACUGAGGUAGCGAAUGCCCAAGCUGAAGUAGAGAAAAUCAAGGCCGAUUGGAAGCAAGAAGUAGAAGAUUUGAAGGAACAGUUAAGGCAAAAGGAUUUGGUAAUUCACAAGUUUGAGCAAUUCAUUGAUAUUUGUAACGAGCGGGUAAUGAUUAGAAGGGACGAGUUGUCGGAUCCCCCCGCUGGCGCAGAGCCGGGCGCCAACGCUAUAGCAAAUGCUAUGGGAAAUGCUAUGGGAAACGCUAUGGGUAGCACCAUGGGUAGCAGCAUGAGCAGUAGCAUGGGCAAUGCAAUGGGCUAAACUUCUUCGGCCUUUAUCUAUUGAUUAGAUGAACGUAUUGAUGGCUGGACUACAAAUGAAUUUUAAUGGACAUGGAUCAAGGAAUGGAAUGGACUAUGGGAUUACGGACAAGGGAGUGCUACUUGCUUUACUUUUCCUCAAGGCGGACAUGAUUGGUUUUGUGGUUCUGGGAUAGGUAGUAAUAUGGCUGCUUGGCGUCUGGGACUGGGAGGGAGGCCGGAUUUCUGCAUGUUUUUGUGUUAUGCUCUCUUAUGAUGCACGGUAUUCCAUUUAGGUGUUUAUGGUAUGUUCAUACAUGAGAUGAGACACAGAUCUUCAUUCAUGCGGCUGUCUUCAGCAGAUCACCUUUGACACACGGAAUAAAUCUAUGGGAUAAGAGACACAUAUUGUAUUCGUUAUCUGUCGAUGAAAUUGAUAUAAUCUGAAC